UUCUAUUUAUUAAUCAACUCUAUAGAAAAAAUAAAUAUAUAGUACUAUAGAAGAAGAAGUUAGGCCUAUUAAUUUCUUUGAAAUUUUUUCAAAAUAUUGGAUAUUUUGAUAUCAAAAGAGUUCCUUCAUCUUGAAAUCAGAAUAAUAUUCAUUUUCUUGUAUCAUAUUACUAGUAAAAAUGGCAGGUAUGCUUGCUGGUGUUGAAUGUGCUAGAAGAAGAAAAUUUCAUAAAAAUAGUGGCUUGUUAGAUUCAUCAUAUAAUAUAUCUUCAUCCACAAGAAGAUCUUUUCUUUGUCUAUACACAAGUAGCCAUGAACAUAAUCUUACCUCAAGAUUUUCCAAGGAAAGAAAUGCAACAAGCCAAGAAUAUGAAGAUGAGAAAUUAGGUGAAGUUGCAAGAGAAGCCAAGCAAAGACUGGAUGAGAGGCUCAGUUCCCAAUGGAAAUCACAAAAUAAGAGGAGUGCCAAGGGAUUCAAAAGUCUAGGGCAAUUGAGGGGCCUGAUUUGCUGACAAAUGGUUUGACCAAUAUUGAAGUUGUAGUUGAGAAAGAAAAAGACUAUUUUUAAUACUUCAAUUAGCAUCUAAGAUCCUAAAUCAAUAGAAUGCGUGACAUGUAUCUUUCAUACACAUAUUUAUAGUUAAACAAUAUGUGUUCUUUGUUUCUCACUUGAGACGAUGUGAGAUACAUGUGACAACUUGAGGAAUUAGGAUAAUUUUGAUUGCUAAAUCGAGUUUUGCUGAAUUGAUAUUUGAUUGAA